AUGCAGCUCGCAAUGAAGCGCUUGGACGAAGGCAAUAUCGAGUCCACCGAGCAGUUCUAUAGAGCGGCUACAGACCUCAUUAUGGAAGCUCACUAUCUCUCAAAGCUCGACCAUCCAAAUAUCAUCAAGAUCCGAGGUGUUUCUUCCACUCCUUUCUCCGCGUCGUUUGGCGAGGAUGGAGACGGCUAUUUUAUCACCAUGGACGUCAUGCAAGACACACUAAGAGACCGAAUUCCCAAAUGGUACGAUGCUAAGAGUUCCUUUGACAACAAAAAGAAAGGACUCAAGAACAGACUAAGCGGGAAACGAAAAAAGCUGAACGUGGAAAGCAUGUAUGGUCGAAUUGAGACCGCAGCUGUCGGUAUUGCAGAAGCCAUGAAGUACAUGCACGAGCAAGAUAUUGUUUUGAGGGAUCUGAAGCCCGCCAAUGUUGGUUUCCAUGCGGAAACAGGCAAAGUAUGUCUGCUUGACUUUGGUUUCGCAAGAGAACUUUCCCUUUGCAGUGACGGAGAAAUCUGUGGGACUCCCCGAUACAUGGCCCCCGAAGUUUUAAUAGGGGAAGGCUACUCAUUGAAGACUGAUGUGUAUUCCUUUGGAAUCAUGCUACACGAGAUUGCUUCGCUCGAGCAUUCCUGGAGACCAAGAAAACGGUCUAUUUCGAGUCAUGCAGAACUGUUGACUGCUUGUGAUACACUGCCAAAGCCAUCUACGGAAAUCAUUCCAUGUCGCAAUACGGCAUUGCUGAUUGAAGAUUGUAUUUCGGAUGAUGCUGAAUCGCGUCCAACUUUUGAUGUGAUAUGUAUGACUCUGAACGAAAUCUUAUCAUCCGCAGUGAAGUCAAAAGAUCACCAUCUUGGUGACAUCUCAGCUCUGAAGUCUCAAAUUGGCGCGAUUGGAGCUUCUGACACCUGUUCAUGUUGCACUUCUCCCGAAUCUUCUCUGUCGGAUGAUGAAUUUGAUGGAAAUGAAGUGUUUAACAACAGUGCCGAAUGGUAG